CGCGUGGCGGCACUGGGCCUCCUCAACGGCAGAGGCUCCAUUGUAGCUGGUGCCGCGGCCCCUGACACAGUGUUCCAACAAGGGUAGCCGACACUGGAGCAGCCUGAGUUUAUCCCCAGUGACGGCGACAGGUUUUUGCAUUGUAUAGUAACUGUUAUUCCGCUAAGUGUUUUACAGCUUGAAGUCUCAUCAAACUUAUUUUCACUAAUUUCAUUUUCAUACCAACAUUAGAUAAGGCUUUUGCAGAGGUCGUGGGCACCGUUGCCAGAUUGUCGUACUCAGACCAUAGUAUUUACCGGUUUCUGACGCCUAACUAUUGCCAAGAAACAUCAGGAAUUAACUAUUUUAACGAUAAUUAUAAGUGAAUCUCCUUAUUGGGGUUCACGAGACAGUUUUGGGGUCGGAAGUCGGUAAAUAUAAGAGGCUGAGUAAGACAGUCUGGCAACGUUGGUCGUGGGUAUUGUCAUGGGUAGUUUUAAGAGCCUAGUAACACUUUGGCAAGACUGCAGUACCAUGAAAGUGGCUGAGUGGUUAGCGUGCUGGGCCCACAUUCACCACGCCAUGGACAACGUGGGUUCGAAUCCCCACGCUACCACCUGGGGUUUUUCAGUCACCGCCGAGUGGCUUAAAACUACCCACAUGCUGUCCUGAAGACCACCCAUCAACCCGGACUCUAGCGGAAACCGUCCAAGUGAAUCAAGGAGGAGUUCCGGGGGGCAGCAUGAGCCUAUAAAAAAGACUGCCUGCGCCAUGAUGGGCUUGGGCCUACCAUCUGGCCCCUGAAGAAGGCCUACCGGCGCUAUAGGCGGGGAUGUAAAAAAAAAAAAAAAACCGACUAAUUUCCUUUGUAGACUUUGUUAGUAUUUGUUGUGAGAAACGAAAAGGACUGAGAACGAGCCUCAGUUUAGGUGCGCACCCCUGGAUCGCUCUCUGGUGCCGGGAGCAAUCCUGUUACCGUAACUGAUGACCAUAUAGCAGUUUUUAAUUCCAUAAUAUCAUUAACCCGUCCGCUGCGAUUGGCACGGAUGUUGCUUUCACUGGUAGCCUGGUAACAUACACUCCCAGGUCUUUCUCUGCCUCUGUGGUGGAUAGUGGAGUGUUUCCCAUGUGGUAUUGGUGUGCUGGAUAUCCCUUCACUGGUAGCCUGGUAACAUACACUCCCAGGUCUUUCUCUGCCUCUGUGGUGGAUAGUGGAGUGUUUCCCAUGUGGUAUUGGUGUGCUGGAUAUCCCUUCACUGGUAGCCUGGUCACAUACACUCCCAGGUCUUUCUCUGCCUCUGUGGUGGAUAGUGGAGUGUUUCCCAUGUGGUAUUGGUGUGCUGGAUAUCCCUUCACUGGUAGCCUGGUAACAUACACUCCCAGGUCUUUCUCUGCCUCUGUGGUGGAUAGUGGAGUGUUUCCCAUGUGGUAUUGGUGUGCUGGAUAUCCCUUCACUGGUAGCCUGGUAACAUACACUCCUAGGUCUUUCUCUGCCUCUGUGGUGGAUAGUGGAGUGUUUCCCAUGUGGUAUUGGUGUGCUGGAUAUCCCUUCACUGGUAGCCUGGUAACAUACACUCCCAGGUCUUUCUCUGCCUCUGUGGUGGAUAGUGGAGUGUUUCCCAUGUGGUAUUGGUGUGCUGGAUAUCCCUUCACUGGUAGCCUGGUAACACACACUCCCAGGUCUUUCUCUGCCUCUGUGGUGGAUAGUGGAGUGUUUCCCAUGUGGUAUUGGUGUGCUGGAUAUCCCUUCACUGGUAGCCUGGUAACACACACUCCCAGGUCUUUCUCUGCCUCUGUGGUGGAUAGUGGAGUGUUUCCCAUGUGGUAUUGGUGUGCUGGAUAUCCCUUCACUGGUAGCCUGGUAACAUACACUCCCAGGUCUUUCUCUGCCUCUGUGGUGGAUAGUGGAGUGUUUCCCAUGUGGUAUUGGUGUGCUGGAUAUCCCUUCACUGGUAGCCUGGUAACAUACACUCCCAGGUCUUUCUCUGCCUCUGUGAUGGAUAGUGGAGUGUUUCCCAUGUGGUAUUGGUGUGCUGGAUAUCUCCCCCGGCUACCUGCGGAUUAAGUGCCCCCGGGAGACGAAACUCAUCCGUCAAGAACAUUCGAUUUUUCACUCACUUGUAGAGCAGUUAUGAGUCGACCCGAUAACACACUUGCCAGAACAUUACCCGAAUCAUAGUUUUUGCUCAUACUAAGUUUCAACAAAGUCCUUCCUUACGACUUAAGAGUUCCCAUGUCAGCUGUACGGGGUUGAAUCACCUCUCGAGAACCUCUGCAAAAGUACUGAUAUAGUGUUGGUGGUAGCGAGUGUUCUAAGUGCUAAUCGGUUCACGGAUAGAGAAAGUCAUAUCCGCCAGGGUUGCUUUAUUGGACAAAACUUACAGAGCUCAUCACGACAAGGACAACACAUAUGAUAGGUGUUUGUUUGUGUAUGCGUUUGUGUGAAUGUUGUUUGUGUAGGUUAACAUUUAAGUGUUGGUGUAUGUGUGGAACAAUGUGUAACGGUGGACGACAAGAGAACGUGGACGGACAGUCAAAGGUAAACGAAUACAAGGAAAGUUAACGAUGAAGACGCGACAAGACAGACUGGCAGACACAGUGACGAUGGACAUUACAUGAAAACACUGAGAAUCUUAGUCUCUCUUUGCAGCACCCCAUUUUCUUGUCACUGAGGGGAAGGAACACGGAAUUUGAGCGGUGACUGCUACAAUAGUGCGUCGGCAAACAACUACUGCCUUGCUCGCUAAUGGCACCCUUU